GAACAGUUUGGGAUGAAAGGAACUUUUUUUUUUUUUUUAUUCUAAACAAAUCACAGCCGAGAAACAAUACAAUUCACUAAAAGGAAAUCACCAGCAUCGCCAUAAAACUCGCUUUUUUCUGCGACGAACAUUGGAGGGGAUUCGCACGGCCAUUCGCAAUCGCAUUCGCACUCGCACUCGCAUUCGCAUAUAUUCACUUUGCACAAAACUUUUGGGACGACGCAUUUGCAUUAAGCAUACACGACACACAUGGCAAACCACCACCUUGGGCAAGCCCAAACGGCACGCACAUCUUCUCUUCAGUCAGCCCAGUCUCCCUUUGCGCACCACGCAGUUCAGUUCACAACAGGCGCUCUCGCUGCCUGUGGUGCCGUUACUUUUACAAACCCUUGGGAGGUAGUGAAAACACGCCUGCAACUGCAAGGUGAACUUGAGCGCCGUGCUCUGCCCCUUCGCCUUGCACCGUCUGUUCCGAAUACGGUGGCGGCAGCUCCUCAUCCUUACGGAAAUGCCUUCUCUGCCUUUGUAACCAUUUUUCGAAAUGAGGGCCUGCGGGGAAUACAACGAGGAUUGGGCCCGGCCUAUGCGUACCAGGUUCUACUCAAUGGCUUUCGUCUCGGUCUCUAUGAACCAAUAAAACUGGCUUACUUGCGUGCUUUUGAUAUGACCAGUCACGGUCAUGCCACUCAACUGCCGGCGAUGAUUAUGGCUGGAGCGACUUCCGGUAUAAUAGGAGCCUCAGUCGCCUCCCCAUUAUACCUCGUCAAAACCCGCAUGCAAUCUUACACAACUACGUCGACUGCCGCGGUGGGUGCUCAGCACAGUUAUGUUCAACAGGGCACCGUGCGUGCGCUUCAAAUCAUUUAUCGUGGAGAAGGAUUGCGCGGUUUAUGGCGAGGUGUGGACGCGGCAAUGUUACGAACUGGAAUAGGCUCCGCAGUCCAGCUUUCCAGCUACGACUCCUGUAAGCACUUGUUGUCACAAAGCGGAUGGUUCAAUCUUCAUGAUGGACAUGGCGGCCUGGAACUGCAUCUCGCAGCGAGUUUGAUCACGAGUCUUUUCGUUUGCAUUGCGAUGAAUCCCUUCGAUGUGGCCAGCACGCGAAUGUACAAUCAACGAACAGCUGCGGAUGGGAAGCAUGGUGCUUUGUAUAAAUCAGGGAUCGACUGUCUCGUCAAGACUGCAAAAGUUGAGGGCGUAGCUGCCUUGUACAAAGGAUUCACAGCACAUUAUCUGCGGGUGGGACCCCACACCAUUCUAACAUUCGUAUUUUUGGAGCAAUUACGAAAAAUGGGACGAAUUCUUCUGCCGCCGCAAUGAAUAGGAGAGCAUGUAGCUUGUAGAUUGCAAGCGGAGACAUAGCAUCCAUAGAUCAUACUUAUAGAGCUCAUAGAGUAGCAGUCGACAUUCGUCUGGUGCUAGCAAGACAUUUUGGGAAUACUACAGCUGCAAGGGACAAGACAACUUUGACCAGAUGCUAUGAAUUCACGUCGAUUCAAGUAUACAAGUUUAAAUACAUUUACACGGAGUCUCACAUGUCAA